CAAACCAAGAAUUUGGUGUUUGCUUUUAUGGUCAUUUUGAGUUGAAAAGGAACGAUGAUGAGAAAAUUUUGGGAGAACUUGAAGUUACAGCUUAAAUGCAGAAUGAGGUAAUUCAGAGGAGAGAAGAACUUGGGUUUGUGCGAUCAAUGGAAGCUUCUGCAACUCUUGCUCUCUCUCAAAUUCCCUGUGUUUAUCCCAUAAAACCCCACCACGGUAGAGUUUAUCCUUUUUCUUCACCAUUGAAGCGAAGGAUUUCUCAACCCACCCCUAUACACUGCCAGAAGAUGUAUGUACCUGGAUAUGGAGAAGCGUCACCGGAAGCAAAGGCUGCCAAGAACCUCCACCAUUUCUUCACCUACAUCGCCGUUAAGAUUAUUUCUGCACAACUUCAGAGCUACAAUCGUGAAGCAUACGAAGAAUUGAUGGAAUUCUUGAGUAGACACUCUUUGAAUGAUGGUGACAAGUUCUGUGCCAGCAUGAUGCGAGAAUCAUCGAGACAUAAGAACUUAGCUCUGCGCAUACUGGAGGUGAGAUCAGCAUAUUGCAAACAGGACUUUGAAUGGGACAACCUAAAGCGCGUUGCUGUGAAGAUGGUGAAUGAAUCAAACAAGGAGCUUAUGAGAGAGUAUGUCUCAGAAACAAGUCCUGCAGAAACUGAAACGGGAAUAUGAUGAUGCCUUGCUUUCCCUUGCUUUACCACAGCCCCCUCUGUUCUCUCAUCCAUAUGUCCCUAUAUCAUUGAUAUAGCCAUGUAGAAGAAGACAGUUAGAUAUAAAUGGUUGGGCUUCAUAUUUGUAAAGACCAAGUUCUGUAUAUAAUAUAUAUUGCAAGAACAGUUCA